UCCUUCAUUGCUUGCACUCUUUCUGACAAAUUGCAUUUUCUCGGCAAACAAACACAGUAUAAGCAAAGAAAUUGGAGUUCAAGUUGGAAUGGAAAAGUGGGCACUCUAAAGAUUGAAUCUUUGGUAUUGGUUUUUUUUUUUAGUUUUUCAAGAAAUGGCGAGUGGUGGUGGAAAUUAUAGGAGUGGGACUCAUAAGAACUCUCUCAAAGGAACAACGACAACAACAGCAACUGAUAGGCCGCUCUCUGUGAACACCAACCCUUCCAAGCCCACACUCAAAAACAAGUCUUUGUCUUCUGUUGGUGCAUCUUCUGGGCUAAGGAAGAGCAGCCCUGGGUCACUUGGAGGAGGUGGAACUGCCAAAGAUGAUGCUGGGGUUCCUGGAAGAGUUCGGGUGGCUGUGAGAUUAAGGCCACGCAAUGCAGAAGAGUCAGUGGCAGAUGCUGAUUUUGCUGAUUGUGUAGAACUUCAACCAGAGUUUAAGAGGUUAAAGCUUCGAAAAAACAAUUGGGACACAGACAUGUAUGAGUUUGAUGAAGUGCUCACAGAGUUCGCAUCACAAAAGCGGGUGUAUGAAGUUGUUGCAAAGCCAGUUGUGGAGAGUGUUUUGGAUGGUUAUAAUGGUACAGUCAUGGCUUAUGGUCAGACUGGUACCGGCAAAACAUAUACGCUUGGACGACUUGGGGAGGAAGAUACAGCUGAUCGUGGCAUAAUUGUCCGUGCUAUGGAGGAUAUCUUAGCAGAUGUUUCAUUGGAAACUGAUUCUGUUUCAGUCUCCUAUUUGCAGCUCUACAUGGAGAGCUUACAGGAUCUUAUUGAUCCUACGAAUGACAACAUUUCAAUUGUGGAAGACCCUAGGUCCAGAGAUGUUUCACUACCUGGGGCUACCCUAUUCGAAAUAAGAGAUCAGCAGAGUUUCUUGGAAUUGCUCCGUUUAGGCGAAGCUCAUCGCUAUGCUGCAAACACAAGAUCGAAUACUGAAUCUUCUCGUAGUCAUGCUCUUUUGAUGGUACAUGUCAAGAGGUCUGUCAAAGGAAGUGAUCUUGCUCAUUCAAGUCAAAAUGGUAACACUACCAACAUGGCUAAAUCUCUUAGGCCUACACUCGUUCGAAAGGGAAAGCUAGUUGUUGUAGAUCUCGCUGGUUCUGAGCGAAUCGAUAAGUCAGGGAGUGAAGGUCACACGCUAGAGGAAGCGAAAUCUAUCAAUCUUUCUUUAAGUGCAUUAGGGAAGUGCAUUAACGCACUGGCAGAGAAUAGUGCUCAUGUUCCAAUUCGUGAUUCAAAGCUUACCAGGUUACUUCGUGAUUCAUUUGGAGGCACAGCAAGAACAUCACUGGUUAUAACUAUUGGUCCAUCCCCACGUCACCGCGGAGAAACAGCUAGUACUAUAAUGUUUGGACAGAGGGCUAUGAAAGUGGAGAAUAUGUUGAAGCUCAAGGAAGAAUUUGAUUAUAAAAGUUUGGCUAGAAAGCUUGACAUACAGUUAGAUCAACUGAUUAUGGAGCAUGAGCGGAAACAGAAAGCACUUGAAGAUGAGAUUGAAAGAAUAACCACGGAUGCGCGAAACCAAAUUUCUGAGGCUGAACGAAAUUAUGCAAAUGCAAUGGAGAAGGAAAGAUUGAAGUAUCAGAAGGAAUAUAUGGAAUCAAUAAAGAAGCUUGAGGAGAAAUGGAUGAUGAAUCAGCAAAAGAACAGUGAAAGAAAGGAUCAGAUUGCCUCCUCUGCUGAGGAAGUUGCUGAGCUAAAACGGUUACUUAACAAAGAAAUUUCUCUAAGGAAAAUUGCUGAAGAGGAAGUCCAUAGCCUUAAAAGUCAAAUUGCUCAAUUGAAAAUCUCUGAGGUAUCAGCAAGUUCUGAGGUCUUGAAACUGCGAAAGAUGCUGGAAGAUGAGGCAUAUCGAAAGGAAAAACUUGAAGGGGAAAUAUCAACACUACAAACACAGUUAUUGCAACUAAGUUUUGAAGCUGAUGAGACAAGAAGAAGACUUGAUUUAGAUGGUCCCGGAAUCGUCCCGGGAAGUCUAGAAUCUCUCAUUUCUCAAGCUAGACCACAGGUAAAUGAUUUGGGAAAUGGAGAAAAGGACUCUAUAGCAAACCUCUUCGAACAAGUGGGAUUGCAAAAGAUCUUGUCAUUGCUUGAAGCAGAAGAUGCUGAUGUGCGGAUUCAUGCUGUGAAAGUGGUAGCAAAUUUAGCUGCUGAGGAAUCAAAUCAGCAGAAGAUUGUAGAAGCUGGAGGUCUAACAUCCUUGCUGGCUCUGCUUGGAAGCUCCGAGGAUGAGACCAUUCAUAGAGUCGCAGCUGGUGCAAUCGCCAAUCUUGCGAUGAAUGAAACCAAUCAGGAACUCAUAAUGUCUGAAGGGGGCAUUAGCUUGUUAUCAAUGACAGCAGCUAAUGCCGAGGAUCCUCAAACAUGUAGAAUGGUUGCUGGUGCCAUUGCCAAUCUCUGUGGCAAUGAUAAGCUGCAGAAUAAGCUAAGAGGUGAAGGUGGCAUCAAGGCGUUGCUCGGAAUGGUAAAAUGCGGACAUCCUGAUGUUCUUGCUCAAGUUGCUCGUGGUAUAGCGAACUUUGCUAAAUGCGAGUCGAGAGCAUCGACUCAAGGAAAUAAAACCGGAAGGUCUCUUCUGAUCGAGGAUGGAGCACUUCCAUGGAUUGUACAGAAUGCUAACAAUGACGCCUCGCCAAUCCGGCGGCAUAUUGAGCUUGCACUCUGCCACUUAGCACAACAUGAAGUGAAUGCUAAAGACAUGAUCACCGGAGGUGCCUUAUGGGAAUUGGUUAGCAUCUCCCGAGACUGUUCCCGCGAAGAUAUAAGAAAUCUUGCGCAUCGAACGCUUACAUCGAGCCCCACCUUCUUAGCCGAGUUGAGGAGGCUACGAAUAGACUAUUAAUAAAAUUUUGGAAGAUCUGAUUGGAGUAAUGGACUUGGAAGUGUAGGAACCAUGUCAAUUCCUGGAACCAAUUCAGACUAUAGAGGACUGAAACUCCAGAUUGAAACCGGAGUCCGAACAACUGUGCUUCUGUUGAAGUUUGUCUGGAACUCGGAGUCCGAAAUCAGUUUGCAGUCGGAGAAUUUUGAUCGAAUUGUUGUAUAAUCUCGUAUUCGUGUUCAUCGGAUCUUUAUAACCCGGAGUAAAUCAUAUGUACACACCACAAACA